ACCUAGUUGAUGGACUCGUGGGCUCGCCAGUCGUUGCAACUUGAAACAUAUCGGAAACCUAACCUAAAAAUACGCGGAUCCGAUGCCGCCGUUUCGUCGGGACCGCGCCCAUCCCUCGGCGACGCCACCACCGUACACCAACGGGUGGCUGUGGCGGCGCCAACACCGACGCCGGAGCCGGCGCGCUGGCGCCGAUGGGAAAAAAAGGGAUCUGCCCGGAGACGUCCUCUCCGCGAUCCUAUCCAGCGUGUCCUCGUCCGCCACCGACAUCGUCCGCUGCGGGGCUACGUGCAGUCACUCGGUAAACGCCGUGGCCACGCACGCCGACGCCAUCUCCCGCUCUCUGCCGCCGCCCGCGCAAUUCCUCCCCCACCUCGCCCUCGGCUUCUUCCACCAGGAAGCCCGCGCCCCCCGCGCCUCCCCCGCGCUGCCGCCACGCUUCGUCCCGACGGAAGCCGCCCCGCGCCUCCUGGGCCCCCGCCCCCAGCUCGAACACGUCGCCACCGGGCUGUUCGACCACGCCCGCCCCGUCGCAUCCCGCAACGGCCGCGUCGUCCUGGAGCUCCGGCGCGAGGCGCGCGCCGACGGCCUUACGCUCAGCGUGUGCAACCCCAUGACGGGGGAAAUCUCCAUGCUCCCUCCGCUCUCCGGCGACCACUGCCCCGGGCACUACGUGUGCGCGAUACUCACCGGCGACGACCUAGACGUGCCCGCGCCGUCGUGCUUCUUCCGCGUGCUCCUCGUCUACAACCGCCGUAGCUUCACGGCUCUGCGCUCCUGCUCCUCUGCCGACGCCGACGCCGGCGUCGGAUGUCGCUGGGGGCCGGAAGAAAGGAAACCCGGCGCCAAGAUCAGCGCCAACAUGCUGCGCGGUCUUGGCCACGCCGUCGUGGUCGGCGGCGCGGCCUACUGGCCCAUGCACCACGAGGCGUUCGGCGUGCGGCUCGACGGCCCGCCGUCGGAGCCCAUGGAUAUGUGUCCGGUGCCCUACAGGCAGCCGCACUAUUACGCCGGCGAGCGCCUGCUGGGCACCUCCCCGGACGGGAAGCGCCUGAGCCUCCUCGACGUGGGCUUCCUGGGAUGCACGGACUUCUGCAUCAACAUCGAGACCCAGACGGCUGCCGGCGGGGAGUGGGAGGGGCACGAACAGGCCCGACUCAAACUCAUCAGCCUACCCGAGCUCGGGAUUACCAUGACAACGGCGUUUAAGCUGCGGUGGUUCGGCGAGAAGAGCGGCACGGUGAUAUUCACCGUCGGAGAAGGAGGAGGGUGCACCAGCCAGGGCGUCUUCAUGUUGAACAUCACGACGGGAUGCCUCGAGAAGCUUGCCGACGGCGUCGAGUGCCACGCGUGGAAAUACUUGUGCGGCUACGAGAUGGACCGCGAGGCGCUCUUUGCGUCGUCCGAUAGAUCGGUCCUGACUUCUCGCCAAAAAUAGCUCGAGUACCUCAGCACAUGCCCAUCACAACGCUUGUUUUUCUUUUUCGGGAAAUAAACUUCUGCCGUGUGUCUCAUGCAUGUGAUCUUGAUUUUGUUUCAUGGAUGUGUGAAAAUUGUACGGAUGUCUUUUGGGGUUUUUAACACAAUACAGAUGCA